AUGUCUUCUGAUUCUUCUGAUUCAGUUCCUGUAGUACUUAAUUUAGCUACUAGUAGUUCUGAGAAUAAGUAUCUGCAUUCUCUUGGCAGUAUUUUUGCUUUGAUCACUUGCCAAUAUGCUUCAAUUGUGUUUGUGUGGUACACUUUUGGUUGUGUUGAGAUUUCACUUUCUUCAAUCAUUGUGAAUCUUUUCGAAUGA